UACGACUGUAGUUGUUUACAUGUAGUGUAGAAUAUUGCUGCUAUGCAACUCACCGUAGGCAAUGACAGUAGCCAGCUGUAUAAGGUGCUUUAUGGUCAACAAUAUCACCUAUACUACAUAUCAUUGUAUGUGAAACCAUCUAGAUCGAUUUGUAUUCUCGAUGAGAAUUUGAGGCAGAUUCGUCGUAUAGAACUAAAUGACAUAGCAAGCAUUCAAAGGCGCAUACUCUCUGCGGAGCAGACAGUGAAGACUAGCACUGCGACUUAUAGCGAUGUGAUUGAAUUGAAACUUUCCACGGGGGGUGAGCGUUGGUUACGAUUUACUUUGCCUUCCACGGAAGAGUGCGAAGCAUUAUGCAAGUCGAUACAGAUUCGUUUUGGCAUACCGGUAUAUAACUAUGGAAGUCUUAAUGUCAACUUCCGUGCUGCCCUGGGUGAUAAAAAGGCGGGAACGAGUGCCACGGGCAGUGUAACUAAUCCAUCACCGGGCAAUUAUCAUUUAGUUAAAGAUGAAUACCCUGUUUCAUCUCUAGGUGGUAUUUUAUCUCAACUGGGUCUUUCCAUGGGCGACGAUGACCGUAGUUUAGGGGAGCUUCCUGAGGAAUUCACAAAUGAUUAUCCAGUAAUAAUCGAAGGGACCUUAGAGUCUGGUAGUUAUGCGAAUUACCGGAGUUUGAAAACACCUUCAAUGGAAUCUUUUACUGUAUACAGAGUAGAAUGGUAUAUAUCAACAAGACGUGGAGAAUCCAAGGAUUUCUAUUCCAAUCCAUGCUCGUCGAGCGAUAUGCUUUACCUACAUGAUUAUAUGAUUGGCCAUUAUAUUAAACUACGUGUUUCAAAGGCUGUCGGGACAGGGGUUAAUCGAAGAUACCUUUACAGCGUCACUACUCGUGGUCCUAUUCGCCUGGGUAAUAUCACGGCUCAUAACGUAUUAUUGAACGUAUCUAAGGAUAAUGAGUUACAUACUGUAUUGGCAAAAACUGAUGACAUUCACGCAAUAGCUACUUCCUUAAACCGCUUACCCAAAGACGGGGUUAUUACAAAGGGCCCUAUGCAGCAGUCGACACUAGAUAUUAUGCAAUUUUCGAGUUUCAUGACUUGCAAAGAAGUCCCGGUGGAGGAACAUGCUACCAGUGUGGAUGAACAAAAUGAUGAUAUUGCCGAAACCGUGGAAACACCUCUCCCACACGUUAGAGUUGCAAGUCAUAGUGACAUUGUCGAUUCUCUUAGUGGCUACACUGAUAAGAGUUCCAUUAUUUUGAAUGAUACGGAUACCAACGAAUCUACGAUUCCAAGCUCUGUCGGGAUCGGCAGCAGUCUCUCAUCUUCAUCCGAGCUCCGCUCAAGUGCAACACGGUUUAAUGAAUCACUUUUGGAUAGUAUCGAAAAGGAGCCGGAAGGAUCUGAAGAUUCUAUGGCGUCCUUACUUCGUGAACCAAGUACGAAGGUACCAGUGGAAGCACCACCACCCAAGGCUAAAUCUAAACCUCCUUUACCUAAGGUUUCUACGCCAAAAUCAGCGCAAGGCACAUUAAAAGGGGCUAUAAAUGCCAAGGGCACUGCCGUUACUGGCAGAUCUCCCGUCAAACCCGAUGGAACACCGGCUGUGGAACCACAGGUUAGCAAAAUGCGUGGUCUGUUUAAGAACUUGAUUGACAAAGGUAAAACGUUGCUACACAGGAACAAGGGUAUGAAUGCAACGGCUAUAGCUAAAAAUAGUGCUAACCCUAAAGCGAAAGAGAAUAUCCACCCCAAAGCAAAACACGUUCCCAACUUUCCGAAGGCCCCUGCAGCGAAAAAGGCAAUUCCCAUGCGGGAUGACAAUCUCAUUGAGGUGCAGCUACAGCUAAGAUGUGCGGGUUUAGUUAUUCGGACCACUGAGAUUGAGCUGGAGCUUAGUUGGCCGCGUUUAGAUGUGAAGGAAUAUUGCGACCCAUCUAAGCCACCUACAUUACCCCUGGACCCACGUUCUGGUAUAGAGCUCCGACUGAUGUACAAACGGAAGGAUUCUGGAGAGUCGCAACUACUACCGCUUACUCUGAGAUUAUCUUCUACUUUACAGCGAUCUGUACUGUUUCAUUCCAUGCUGUUUAACAAGUAUCGAGGGUCAUAUUAUUCGAUCGAUCAAGGUGAGAAAGAUCUGCAGCGUGGUUUAUUUUCGGAUGUAAAAGAAGCUUAUGCGAAAAUAUGCAAGUACAUGGGACGUCGUAAUUUAGGCUGAUAAGCUCGAUUGUGCGGCGUUGCGUCGUGGGCGCUUUAAG